AUGAGAAAAAAUGCGGAGUCAGUAAACCGAGACGUGGGGUGGGGGCAUGACGAGGGUUCCCGAUUUGAUUGGAGCGGGAGGGGCGGGGCGGUGACGUCACGCACUCAUAAUAGGUCGUGCAGUGAUGGCCGCCGUAUAUCAAGAACGAGUGCUAAAGUAAUUCAUAAUACGAAAGUCAUAGUAAGUAAGGCUUGCGUGCGUGAUGGGCGGAGCGAAUCGCGUGUCGCGGAGCAGUUAUCGCGGGAACACCUCGGCACGGCACAUCACUACGCCUAUUGCUGGCUGGUGGUGGUUGCAUUCGAAAUUUGA